AUGGAGUCAUGGUCUAUUAGAGGAUGCACCAUUAUGUCUGACAUGUGGACUGAUAUUAAGGAACGUAUAUUCAUUAAUAUUAUUGGAUACUCACCUAAAGGGGACGUUUUUCUCAAUUCUUUUGAGUGUUCUGAUGUUUCUAAGACUGGAUUAUUUCUUAGAGAUAUACUUGAGCUUGUAAUAGAAAGGGUUGGGUCAGAGAAAGUUGUUCAACUGAUUUCAGAUAAUACUUCCAAUUAUAGAGUGGCAAUUUCUUUGAUAAUGGAGAAGUAUCCCCAUAUUCAGAGGAUAAAGUGUGCUGCCCAUGGAGUGCAGUUACUAUUAAAGGACAUUGACGCAGAAAUCCCAUGGGUAAAGGAAGUAUUUGAAAAAGCAAAGUUGAUUGUGACAUUUAUGUACAAGCAUGAAACAGUUUUAGCUUUAAUGAGGGAAACCACAAAUAACAGAGAGUUGAAAAAACCUUGCAAGACUAGAUUUGCUUCUAACUUUUUGAUGCUUAAAUCUAUUCUUGAGGUUGAGGAUUUGUUAAGAGUGAUGGUGGCAUCAGCAGAAUGGAGGGCCAAUAGGCAUUGCAAUUCUGAAAUGGUUCUUCGUUUGGUUGAUGGUGAUGGAGCUACUAGUCCAUUUUUAUAUGAGGCUAUGCAAAGGGCAAGGAACACUAUCAUAGAUCGUUGUAAUAGAGACUCAUCAAACUAUAAGAUGAUAUUGCAGUUGUUUGAUAGUAGAAAAAAUGAAAACAUAUUAAACCAUGUGCAUGUAGCUGCUGCUUUUCUCAAUCCUUUGUUAAUGUGUGAGGGAAAAAUUUCAUACUACAAUGAUGACGUCGGGGAGGCAAUGGUUCAUAUUGUAAGAACAAUGAUUUUUCCACAUGAUAAGAAGCAAUUUGUGAUGGAAUUGAAAAAGUAUUAUGAGAAAGAUGAAAAGCUAUCUAAUGAUAUUUCAAAAGAAAUGAUUGAUUCUCAUCCACAUAAGUAA